CUGUCACGCAACAAACAGAGGAGGAGUUUUUGAAUCUCUCCAACCUCGACAACCGGUUAUAAAAUACAACCUGAAGCGAUCUUAUUAUAAAACUUAGAUAACUUCAUCGAAACAUGUCCUUUGUGAGAGCGGGCCGUCCACAGCAACACACCAAAGGAGGGAAAAGGCCUGCUCGUCCCAAAAAGGCAGCAGCUCCCAGAAGAGAGUGGGUGAGCACUGUCAGCGACUUGUCUGUGCACAAGCCGACACCUGCAGAGCUGAGCCAUCGGCACGAGAUCCACAAGUCCCACAACAAGGCUGCGGCUCAGUGGGAGCUGAGAGAGAAAGCCCUAAAACGCCGCUUCAGACACCCGGGGAGCCCCGCACCUCUAGACCAGACCAGCCUCAGCAUCAUUCGGGAGGUGUUCUCUGACCAGCUGCUGCUGCAGGAUGUGCUGGCUCGCUCCGACAGAGCCAUGGCUGUCGUCAAAGACUUGUUUGGAGAUGCUCCACGCAGGCAGACUGGGCACCCAAGUGUGACAAUGGCUCCAAACUGUGACUCUGAGUCAGCGCCGCCUGUGCUCCAGAGACCAGAUCCUCCCACUCAGCUGUCCCUGCUCAGCCAGUCAAUGAUGGACCAACAGGCUCUUAAUGAAGUAGAAGCUUCAGAUGAAGACUACAGUGAUGAAGAAAGCUGUCAUAGUUCAGACUAUAAUGUAAUCAAAAGGUCCAAUCUCGGAAAAAUGAAGGCACAAUCUCGGGGCAGGUUGACACGGCAACAGAAAGUCCGUCGUCCCAACUCUGACCAGGCAGACAGAAAAGAUGUUCCCGUAACCCCCUGCACAUCAGGCAGAGCACAAGACCGAACAGCUCUCAAUGCCACAGUGGCUGUUCAGCGUGUUCAGUCCAGACAAAGCCAGUCAAAGGAAGGCAUGGGAGAACAAUCAGUCCUGGUUUCUCAGAUUCUGAACCCUGAGCUGCCUCUCAACCAAUCAGGCAGGAUCAGUAGUAGGACCAGCAGGGCCAGGAAGAAUGUUUCUCAGAGUUCGGAGUUGAAUGGUUCCUCUGUUGCCUCUCUCAGUGGGGAUCAGUCCAGUCUGGGCCUGCUGCAGGCCAUGUUGGGUCAGGUGGAGGCAGACUUGGAUACUCUGAGUCCUCACACUGAACCAGCUUCAGCACAGAGUCAAAAACAGCCCAGAACACAAGGCCUCACAGGAUUCUCUGUCGCUUUGGUCUCCACUCUGGGACGUGUAGUGCACCUCCUCAAACAGAAGGACGAGGAAGCUUACAGAGAGGCUCAGGAGAGGAGAAGACUGGAGCAGGAGUUGAGAAAGCAGCGUGGGCUGAUUGAUGCUCUCACUGCUGAGACGAUGACUCUCAGAGAAGAGGCCGCCGCCCUGCAGGCCGGGUUGCAACUGCAGACAGCCGAGCUGGAGCAGAAGUUGGACACAGUGGUGUUGGUGAUGGGGGGACUUGGACUACUGGAGGCACACAUUGACCCACCCCAGGACAUUGAUGUUAAAGCUGCAGUCUGUCAGCCUGCACCAGUUGCUGAGCGAGCUCCUGAACGACUACAAGCCUCUGUGUCUCCUGCCGUGUUGCUCUCCCCUCCUCGACAGAUGGACAACUGGCAGCAAACUCCUGUGACUCAUCCCGUACAGCUGCACCAGGAGCUCCCUCCUGUAGAUAUCCAGCGUUCCUGUGGGGACGUCCAGGCCCACAGCUCCACCUCCAGCCUCACCAGCCUUCCUCUCACCAGCCUGCCCUCCACUUCCUCACUAUCGCUGACCUCCGACCCUCUCAGCUCACGGCUCUCUCCAGAGGCCAUGAUGGCUGAGAUCGCUCAGCUGAGUAGACAGAACGACCUGAUCAAGGCCCAGCUUAGCCAGGCUAAGGGCCUCAGGUCAGGGGUCGGAGGAUCGCCUAACAGUAGCAUCGAGCAGAGAAGGUUGAGCUCCGGCAGCACGGGAAGAGUCACACCGCAAAGUGCUGGAGAGAGGAGGGCGUCGGUUUCCAGCAGCAUGGAGAGAAGGACUGCUGAAGGAGACCAAACGACCAAUCAGGCAACAUCACCAAACACCCUCAAUAUGGGUCGUGUGGAACAGCGCCUCCUGGAGUUAAACAGACAGAGUGCAGCAGCGAGGGGUCGACUUCUGGAGCUCAUUGAGCAACAGAAACAAAGUGUUUCAGCCAAAGUUUCUCCCUCUGAUUCCCCCAUCCCUCAUUCUGCAUUCAGCCCACAAUCAGCAGCUGGAGGAGAAAGUCCAGAAACGUCCAUGCUGCUGCCUGCACAGGAGGUCCUGUCUCAGACUGGUGCUGUGAGACGAUCUGCUGGUUCUGAAGUGUUUUCUCACAGUCUUGGAGGAGAAACAAGAGAUAAGACACAGAUGGAGAAACAGAGAGAGCGAGAGGGCUGGUUUGCCUUGUCCGCUCAUGUGAGAUGACAAGAAGAAUAAAAAUGAGGAUAUUUAAAAUCUGUUGGUUUUUUUGUAUUUUAUCUUUGUAUUUUUUAAAUGUGAC